UUGAAUAAGUCGUAAGAAAAUGGCGGGAGGUCUUCAACAAACUCGAGGAAUCGGCAUUAACGAAAUUUGCUGUCCGCCUCCUCCUUCCUCUCUCUUGCCUCUGUGAUUUCCGCUCCCAAAAUUUCUCCGUAUAAGCCCCCCUCCAUUUCCAUCUCCCUCCCUCCCUUCCUCCCUCCCUCCCAUGGGAAGUGCAUGAGCUUUUCCGGCCACUAAAAGUUCCUUCUCCUCCCAUGGGAAGCUGCGUUUCCGUGCAGUCCAGAGCCGGAUCCUUCGCCAAGAGGAGCAGAGACGUCAGGCCUCUUCCCGAUCAUGCCGUAAUCGAAUCUGUUCGAAAGUCCUCUGUUCGACUUGCGGCUUCCAUUCUCUCCGAUGAAUCCACCGGCGACAACAUUUUUGAGAAAUAUCGCUUCGGGAAGGAGCUUGGGCGGGGGGAGUUUGGGAUCACGCACCAGUGCUUUCAGAUCGAGACUGGCGAGACUUUCGCCUGUAAGACUAUUUCUAAGAGCAAGUUGAGAUCUGAGAUCAAUGUCGAGGAUGUGCGGAGAGAGGUCGCGAUUAUGCGAAGUUUGCCCAAGCAUCCAAAUAUUGUUACCUUUAAGGAGGCCUUUGAGGAUAACGAAGCGGUUUAUUUUGUAAUGGAGCUUUGCGAGGGCGGUGAACUCUUCGAUAGGAUCGUCUCCAAAGGGCAUUACACUGAGCGCGCGGCUGCGGACGUGACCAAGACCAUUAUCGAGAUUUGCAAGGUAUGCCAUGAAAAUGGAGUUAUCCAUAGGGACUUGAAACCUGAGAAUUUCUUGUUCGCAGAUGAAAGUGAAAACUCCCGACUGAAGGCAAUUGAUUUUGGUCUUUCCAUAUUUUUCGAACCUGAUCAGAGAUUCAGUGAAAUUGUUGGAAGUCCGUAUUACAUGGCACCGGAGGUCCUAAGACGCAGCUAUGGGCCGGAAAUUGAUGUAUGGAGCGCUGGGGUGAUUCUUUAUAUCUUGCUUUGUGGAGUUCCUCCUUUCUGGGCAGAAUCUGAGGAAGGCAUUGCUCAUGCUAUUGUUCGGGGUAAUAUAGAUUUUGAGAGGGACCCUUGGCCAAAGGUUUCUCAGGAAGCAAAAGAACUUGUGAUGGGGAUGCUCGAUCCAAAUCCUUACAGUCGGAUGACUGUUGAAGAAGUUCUUGAGCAUCCUUGGAUACAAAACAAAAACCAGGCUCGUAAUAUCCCCCUGGGUGAAAAUGUCGGCAUAGGGAUUAAGCAAUUCACUUUGAUGAAUAAGUUCAAGAAGAAAGUACUUAGAGUUGUGGCCGAUCACUUGUCAGAUGAGCAAAUGGAUGGGAUCAGACGAAUGUUCCAUAUGAUGGACACAGAUAAAAAUGGAGAUUUAACUUUUGAGGAGUUGAAGAAUGGUCUGCAUAUGAUUGGACAUUCUCUUUCCGACCCUGAUGUGCAGAUGUUGAUGGAAGCUGCGGAUAUGGAUGGAAAUGGAACAUUAAGUUGCGAGGAGUUUGCAACAAUGUCCAUUCACCUCAGAAAGAUGAGCACUGAUGAGCUUCUGACUCAAGCGUUCAGAUUCUUUGACAAGGACCAAAAUGGGUACAUUGAAUAUGAUGAACUCAGAGAAGCUUUGAUGGACGACAAUGAGAAGGUGAUCCAAGAUAUCAUUUCUGAUGCUGACAUAGAUAAGGAUGGCCGAAUCAGUUACAAUGAGUUCAAGGCAAUGUUAACCACAGGAAUGGAUUGGAAAAUGGCUUCUCGGCAGUAUUCAAGAGCAAUGCUUCAUGCGCUUAGCAAAAAAUUGUUCAAAGAAAAAUCAGUGGCAGAAUGUAAAGGUAGAUAGUUUCUGAGUUCAACUCAGAAUCAAUCACACUCCAAAAGGGAAAGAAAUGGAUAGAAUGUGCACCCUCAAUUUUCGUGGAUGGAAAUAAGAGUCUUUUUUGGAGUUUCUAGCUCAUUCCGCCCAUUUUCAGAGAACACAACAAAAAGGGGUAAAUGUGCUUAAUAUAAAUUUAGAGUUCUUGGAAAUCCAUUUUUCUGAGACAGACUUGUAUGUGUUUCAUUUUCGGAUGAGUUUUUGAAUGUGGUUAAAACUUCUUAUUUAAUUAACCU